UUACCUCGUCGGUACCGAUUAGCGCAACAAUGGAACUUGCUGUACAGCUUGGACCAACAUGGCUCCAGUCUGUCAACGUUGUAUACAAUGCUGCAGGAUGCCAAAGGCCCUUGUCUCCUGGUUCUCAAGGAUGAAGACAGUCAUCUGUUUGGUGCGUAUCUCAACGAACCAUUGCAUGUCAGUAGCUCCUUCUACGGCACAGGCGAAUGUUUUCUCUGGAAACUAACCGAUGCCGUUGUACCGGAUGCGUCCCAUCACCCACCACCCAAAAUCAAGGUCUUUCCCUGGACCGGAAAAAACGAAUACAUGAUCGUCUCCGAACCUUCAUUUGUGGCCUUUGGCGGAGGAGAUGGCAAAUUCGGUUUAUGGCUUAAUUCUGAUCUUGAAAGAGGCCACAGUGAGCCUUGUCCGACGUUUGACAACGAAGCACUUUCGCCGCAUCCUCAGUUUUCAUGCAUUGAACUCGAAAUCUGGGGUUUCCAAAUCUAA